AUGCCUCUGGUGCCAAAAGUUUCACAGAUUGUAACGCAGAGAAGAGGUACCAUCAGGAAGCAACGCGAUGACGACCCAAUUUUGCACAUGCUGGAGGUGGCCUCUGACAUGGAAGAUUCCUGCUGCAUGAAAUGUGAACCUCAUGCUCGAUUGCCGCAAUCACUUCCCGAGUGUUUAAGUAUUUUGGAGCUAAGAGGCAGCGGUUAUGGGCAACCCGAUGAACUCGAUAGAAUACAUCAAGCUCAGAUGAUAAUUGAUACAAAGUGGUUGAUUAGCAGAUCGAAUGCAACAUCGAACUCUGAGCUUGAUGUCAUGCUCCAGGCGAUAGACGGCAGCGUACAAGGUGCGAUCGGAGGCGGUGAACAAGCUGGUGGAGCAACCGUGAAACAAGAGUACAAAAACUUAUUGACCUCGAUAUCCGAGGAUCUUAACAUCAUCGAUGCAGUUGCAUGGUACCCAGGACCCAUUGUCAAGUGCAGUCUGCCCAUUCCUCCAGCCUCACCUUCCCAUGUCCCUCAACAACUCUUUCUCCACACCAAAGCAUGCUCAACGACAGCUGAGCACGAGGAUAGUCACACUAUACCUGGCCUUCUCUCAAGUCUUUCACUAUCACCCGAAUGGUACGGCCCAUCUUGCCGACGAUGGAACUGUGCCUUGCCGCCAGUGAUCGACACGAAAUUAUCCAAGAGAUCCUUGAAUACUCUGUUCGAACUCAUUCAUUUGCUCAUUGGCAUUGGCAAUAAUGGCAGCCCGAACAAUUGUUCAAACCUAAUGCUACAAUGCAAGAGCGGAUACACUAGAAUCCACCUUUGCUCGUAUACGUGGAUACAUCCUCCGUAUCCCACUCCACUCACCAAGAUGCGAUUUGUCUCUAUUCUCUUCCUACCCCUUCUUCCCUCCCUUGCAUCCACCUUUCCAAACCCAGUUAUCCAGCCUCGCGGUUACACCACCACAACUGCUUCAUUACCCGAGAUUCCCACACUACAUGUAACUGACUUCGGCGCGUUCAUCAGUUCAAGCUCAAACAUUCCAAGCUAUGUCUCGUUCCACGUCCAAGACCCACGGCCGCAAUAUCACGCUGAAGUGGACUGCAUCUUCGUUACCGACACUGCUUAUCCAUCCAUAUACCUCGAAGGGUACUGGCCCUGCGAAGGCGGUGAUGGAAUCGCAUUCUGGCUGGAUGAAGACUUUAUGAAGAUCCGGAGGCCUUUUUUGCAGGACCCAAAUGAUCCUAAGUCGUAUGCAGUGGGACUCACCAAACAAGAUACAUAUUGGGCCGAAUCUACCUUGAUCGGAUCAUGCGCGAAUGUGACCACAAGCCGUGUUGGCAAGUUCUACGCGCGAUCCAGGAAUUGGGAUUUUCCUAUCAACCAGAUCAUCGCGUAG